GUGGCUUUCUCCCCUGUGUGUGAGUGUGUCCAUGGCGAAUGUUAGAGAGCAUAGAGCUUCUUCCCCAUGGGUUCGGGGAUUUAUAUAAAGACAAGUGAUUCCAUGAGGAUUUAGAGGUUCCUCUUCAGCAUCUGCAUAAUCUCCUUAUCGCGUACUCUGAUAAAAAUGGAGAAUGAUAAUGCUGCUGACAGCAAAGCAAAGAAUAUCCCCGUAGAUGGCGCUCUUAAAGUAAAACAUAGAAGACAAGGUGCUCUGCUUUCUUCCUCUGCUUCUGCGCAAGACUUGAGAUGUUUUGAUGUGGAAAAGGAGAAACAAGACGUGUCAUCUCCUAGAGGAGUUUUAGAAGCCUGCAUUAGAGGAUUUGAAUCUGAUGCAGGUUCUUCCAAAAAUAUCUCCAAUGAAAUGGACACUCGUUCAAAUUCAAGCUGGAGCAGGUUCUUUAAAUUAUGGAAGAAAAGAUCAUUUAAGCGCUUAGGCUCUUUCCCUCCUCUUGGUGUAUCAAAAGGAAAAAGCAGCACUAGAGAAAACCCGGAACUUAGUAAUUUAUCUAACUUCAAGUCUUCAUUGGUGAACUUCAGCCUCUCUGAACUCCAAACUGCAACCAACAAUUUCAACCCUGAAAAUUUAAUUGGAAAGGGUGGUUAUGCUGAAGUUUACAAGGGUUGUUUGCAAGAUGGGCAGCUGAUUGCUGUGAAGCGUCUGACAAAAGGAACAGCUGAUGAGAGAACAUCAGGCUUUCUAUCUGAGCUUGGCAUUAUAGCCCAUGUAGACCAUCCUAAUACUGCUAAGUUAAUUGGCUGUGGGAUUGAGGGUGGAAUGCACCUCAUUUUUCAAUUAUCUCCACAUGGGAGUUUAGGAUCUCUUCUUCAUGGUUCAAAGGAUAAUAAACUAGCUUGGAGCAAAAGGUAUAAAAUUGCUCUGGGAACAGCAGACGGUCUGCUCUAUCUUCACGAGAGUUGUCAGCGGCGAAUCAUCCAUAGAGAUAUUAAGGCUGAUAAUAUUCUGCUUACAGAGGAUUUUGAGCCUCAGAUUUGUGAUUUUGGGCUUGCAAAGUGGCUACCCAAACACUGGACUCACCACAGUGUAUCAAAAUUUGAAGGCACAUUUGGGUAUUUUGCUCCCGAAUAUUUCAUGCAUGGCACAGUUGAUGAAAAAACUGAUGUUUACUCUUUUGGGGUUCUACUCUUGGAGCUCAUAACUGGGCGUCGAGCUUUGGAUAAUUUGCAGCAAAGCCUUGUGAUUUGGGCAAAGCCUUUACUUGAUAAAAAUGAUAUUAAGGAGCUUGUUGAUCCUUCUCUUGGUGAUAAUUACGAUACAGAAGAAAUGGAUCGUGUGGUUUUAACUGCCUCUAUGUGCAUAGAGCAGUCUCCUAUCCUUCGCCCUCGAAUGAAUCAGGUUGUGAUACUGCUAAGAGGUGAUAAAUUUGUCUCAGAUUGUGCUGUAGAAUGUCAAAGAAGGUCUUCCCAGAGAACAUACUCUGAAGAGCUCUUGGAUGUACAAGAAUACAACUCAACCAAGUAUCUGGGCGAUCUAAAACGGCACCAGGAGCUUGCUUUGGGUUCUUGAAAGCACCAGAUAGGAUAUUUAAGUAUAUAGUAGGUAUAAUAGUUCCUAUAGAUCUUUUAAAAGGAAAAAAGGAGACAAAAAAAUUGGUUCCUAUAGAUUUUGCAGCUCAGAGGGGUGUUUGGAAGUCCAGUGGAAAUGAAUUCAUAAAUAUUGUUUUCCAUAGCAUUUGAAAGCACUAGUUUAUAUUUUAGAGUUAAGCCAUUACUAAAAGGUGAAUUGGAAACAAAAACAAAUCAGUGAUCAUCAAAUUCCCAAACAAUUAUGAUUCAUGUCCAUAAAUUAUUGUGUAGAUUGCAUUUCAAAUGUAAUCAAAACUAGAACACCCAGAUGUGCUUGCUUCAAAUUCCAUGUAAAACAGUGUAGAAUGGCUUUAUUUCCAAUGUACUGCAAAACACCCCUUAAUCAGUUUUUCCUGCUGUAUGUAUAUAAGUUUUUCUGCUCAAACUUGCUAGUGCAGAUUAUAC